AUGGUGUUCUCAGCACUCCUCGGCCUCUCGACCGAUCGCACCACCCGGCCGACUGCGGUCAAGAAGAAGAAGAAGAGCCCCUCUGCAAGCACUGAAGCCUUGACCUCGUCAAGCUCCAACCAGGGUCGGGACUCUCCACCACGGCCCGAAUAUCUAUCAGACGAGGCACACCUGCAGCCUCUAGAUCCCGACACUCCAGAUUUGCGGGAACUCAAUAACUGCCUCGAGGCCCUGGCUGCUGUAUUCCCCGAUAUCCAGAUCGACGUCUUCCGAGAGAUGCUAUCGAGCUUCGACGGCGAAUCGAGACUGGCUCUGGUCGCAGACGCCCUGCUAAAGAACAAGGCUACCUGGGUCAAGGGGAGGUGGCGCGUCGCUGGGGAAACACAAUCUUCUAAUACCAAGCGUGCUUCCACCCGGAGGCAAGGAGGGGGCUCUCUUCUCCAGGACAGCGAAGUUUUCCGGAGCCCCGAGUACAAGAACGCCGCCAAGACUCUGGCCUGGCAAGAGUUCAAGGGUCUGUCGCGGCCGACCAUCAACGCGGUCCUCGCCGAGUUCAACUACUCGUACCUCGACGCCCGCCCAACCCUAGUCGACCUCUCGGCCAAAUCCUGGUCGUUCGCCAUAUCCUCGGUUUUCCUGCGCAGAAAGCCCGUUUCGUCUUCCGAAGCCGAGAACCACCCUCUGGUGGUGUGGAAAUCUUCGGGCCACGGCUCCAUUAUCCCCUGUCUCAAAUCGACCGGAAAUCCCGAGCUAGAUCGCGAACUCUUCGACUACCUGAUAGCCCCGGUGAGGGAACGAGCGCGGGCUUCCCAGCUGGAGAAUGAUCGGUCGCUGGCCAUGUCUCUUAACAACACAGAGGCCGAGGCGUCGGAUAGCACGCACGACUGUGCCUGUUGCUUCACCAGCGCCACAUUCGAGGAGUUCACCUCGUGCAAUGCCGAAGGGCACCUGAUCUGCCACCGCUGCGUGCAGCACUCCAUCAAGGAGGCGGUCUUCGGCCAGGGCUGGCGGCGGAACAUCGACGCGCGGAGCGGCACCCUCGUCUGCCCCGCCGUGGACUCGAGCGAGUGCGAGGGCCGCAUCGCCGCCGACCACAUCCAGCGGGCCAUGCUCGAGGACAAGGGCGGGGCCGAGGUCCUUGCCAAGCUCGACCAGCGCCUCGCCGAGCACAGCCUGCUGGCCAGCGACCUGCCCCUGGUGCGCUGCCCGUUCUGCUCCUACGCCGAGGUCGACGACAUCUACCUCCCACUCCGCGAGUCGGAGCUGCGCCUCCGCGCCGACAAUGUCUACAACCUCAUCUUCCUCGUCCUCUGCAUCGGCAUGAUCCCCUUCUUGCUACCCGUCAUAUUCCUCUCCUCCCUCGCGGCCGUGCUCCUGAGCUCGCGGCGGACCGUCGGCGACCACGUUGCGGGCCAAUUCCGCGAGGCCGUGGUGCGCCACCGGCGGCGGCAGCGCGGGCUCAAGUUCACGUGCGGCUCGCCGCACUGCCGGCGCACGUCGUGCCUCUCGUGCGGCAAGGAAUGGGCCGACGUGCACGUGUGCCACGAGUCGGCGCUGGUGGCGCUGCGCACGCAGGUCGAGACGGCCAUGAGCAUGGCGGUCAAGCGCGUGUGCCCUCGCUGCAACACGUCCUUCGUCAAGACGGCCGGCUGCAACAAGCUCACGUGCCCGUGCGGCUACAAGAUGUGCUACGUCUGCCGCAAGGACAUUGGCGGCGCCGCCGACCCCGACGGGCCCGACGUCGGCUACCGCCACUUCUGCGACCACUUCCGCCCCGACGGCGACCCGCGCCCCUGCGACCGCUGCGACAGGUGCAACCUGUGGCAGUCCGAGGACACGGACCUCGUCCUCGAGCGCGCCCGCGCCGACGCCGAGCGCAGGUGGCGCGAGGCCCGCGUCGCCGAUGGAGCCGAUGGCGCCGGCGGCGCCGAAGGCCUUGACGCCGUCGCGGAGAAGGCCUUGCUCGACGCCGGCGCCGGCGCAGGUGCCGCAGGCCGUCGUUCCGCCCUACUCGCUGGGAGGUGGCCUUCCGUGCCGGAGGUGUUUGAUAUCUUGGUCGAGAAUCUGUUUGUAUGA